AUGACUGACGUUCCUCUUCCUGAAUGCCUUCCAAUGCCAGAAGAACCGAAAGCUGCAGAACCACAACAGUCUCCUCAGCAACCUCAGUUCCAGCAAGUACCUCCGAAUUACUACCAAUUUCCACCUCAAGGUUACUACCCACCACAAGGCUUCCCGAACUACCCUCCUCAGCCUAUGCCUUACUUCCCCAACCCUUGGUUGUUCCAGCAAGCUCCACCCCAGCAAUUCCAAUUCCAAUCUCAAUCGAAGAGAGACCAAGACUUCGAAGAAGGUCUGAACCGCUUACGCAAAGAGUAUGCUACAGCUCCAAUUGAGAGAAAGUUGUUCCCGGACCAAAAAAUA